AUGAAACUUUCCCCUAGCUAUUUAUUAGCUGUGAGCCUCUUCCGCCUUCAUCAUCCUCCUGUGGCUUCACGAACGAACACACAGCAAAUUUGUAUGAUGGGUUCGAAUAGCAAAGUUCUUUUAGACUUGGAGGACAAUAAUAAGACUAUCAACUCGUCAACCUCUUGCUUAGAGUCAAAACUUCAAUUUUGCGGCAAAGAUGAUGUCCUUUUUCGGUCUGGAACUACCAAAAUAAAUCCUCCUCAGCAGAAGCCUAUAAUUUGUCCUCCUCCCAAGAGCAAUGUUUUGGGGAAAGUGAAAGAUUUCCUAGGCGUUAUAUCAGAAUCAAAUAGAAAUAUCAUGCAAGAAGCCAAGGAUAAUCCUGAAAAUUAUGAUAUUGAAGUCCUGAGUGGAAGAGAAUCGGAAUACAUUGAAUUGGACUUGAUGCUGGGUGUCGCUGAUCUUCAUACCCCGGAAGCUGUUGCUGCUGCAGAGUCUGCAAUAGCUGGUUUUCAACCAAUAAUUCCCUUGGCUGGCGAUAGUAGUAGCGAGUCAGAAUCUGAAGAUAGCAGUGAUGAUGGUAGUGACAAUAUUAAGGACGACGACGAAGAACAGUCUGCAAAAUAUAGUUCUAAGGCUUCUGAAAAGGAUUCAAGCAAAGCAUCAAGGAAUCAGAAAUCAAGAAAACGGCCAAACAUUGUUGAGCUUUCUUAG